AGUGGUCAAGGAAGAGUUUCUCUUGUACAGAUAACAUUUCUCUCUGUCAGAUGAGUAUGAGAUGAGACAGAAGGCAAAACAUCACAUCUGGUCUGAUUCUUGGUAAACUUUUCUGUUAAACCGGCUUCGGCAGGAUUUUCCAGCCGGUUUGCUAGCAGACGCGUCUGAUCAGAUUCUCGCUAUUAAAGAUAAACUAUCAGUUUAUCCGUGUGAACUCACUGUCUUAUUCCUGUAACCGUGUGCACUACUAAACCAGUUAUAACGGUACGUAAAGUUUUUAAAGCCGUGUUUAUAGACUUUAGAAGCAGUGGUGUAGACGGUAUUUUGCUUUCAUUUACCCAUUGAGCUUCAGCUAAACAAGCGCGGUUUAUAUUUAAUCUAACCGAUUAAUAUCACCAUGACAACGUGCGUGUUGUAGUAUUUAAAGCAUCAAUAGCAAACGGGCAAUUAAAGCCUCGUUCUGUAGCAUAUCAGCUCGAUGCUAAGUAUAAUGUUUGUACAGCAUAACCUGCUGACCGAUGUUAUGUAGCCAACAACUGGAUAGCGACGCAAAAAAUCCAUCUUUCAGAAUGAUAUGAUAUAUUGCGCUUCAUUCACUGUGACUAAAACUCGUCAUAUAACAGACUUUUCAAUGAUGAUCAUACGAUAGCUGUGUCAUCGUCUAUAGAUCACCGUUACUGCCUAUCACGUCUGAGGGGUGAUAUUUUUGUGGGUUCGUUUUUAACACCCGUGAUCCAGUAACUGUUGCGCAAUGGUGGCUGUUGGGGUCAGUGUGUUAUCCGGGGGUCAGCUGCCUUCAGCCUCCAACUCCUCACUACCUACUGAUCUUCGUACCGGCGGCUGCUCCAGUGGGGACUUCAUGGGCUCAUUUGGCAUCUUUUUGCAAGGCCUGCUGGGAGUAAUGGCCUUCAGUACCCUUAUGUUGAAAGGCUUCAGGGAGCCAAAGCAUGAACGGAGACCCUGGAGAAUCUGGUUUCUGGACACCUCCAAACAGGGCAUAGGGAUGCUGUUCAUUCACUUCGCCAAUGUGUACCUGUCUGACCAUACAGAGGAGGACCCGUGUUCACUAUACCUCAUUAACUUCCUGUUGGAUGCGACACUGGGCAUGCUGGUCAUCUAUGCUAGCAUUAAGGCUGUUAGCGCUGUGGUCGAGUGGAGGCAGUGGGACUCUCUGCGUUUUGGAGAGUAUGGUGAGCCAGUGCAAUGCAGCGCCUGGGCGGGUCAGUGUGCCCUUUAUAUCCUCAUCAUGAUUUUCGAGAAGGUCAUAAUCAUGCUGGUCCUUCUCAUCCCACAAUGGAAGAAGCUGGCUACGCUCAACCGCAUAACAAACCCUCAACUGGAGCUAGCUAUCGUCAUGCUAAUUGUCCCAUUUUUUGUGAACGCUCUGAUGUUCUGGGUGGUAGAUAACUUCCUAAUGAAGAAGGGCAGAACAAAAGCCAAACUGGAGGAAAGGGAGGCAGAAGAUGAUCCUCGUGGCAACAGCAAAGUGCGCUACAGACGGGCUAUGUCACAUGAUGAUUCAGAAUCAGAGAUCCUGUUCUCUGCAGAUGACGAAAUGGAGGAUUCAGAUGGUGACGACGAUGUACGAAGAAUCACAGGGCUCAAGUCUGUUAAGAAAAAGAAACAUCGUCUUGGUAUCCCGGUCUGAUGAAAAACCAUUCCGGUUAAAAAGAAGAAGCGGCCAGUUGUUAAAGAGGAGGACCUGAAAGGAGCCCGCGGAAAAUUGGGGCUAAAAGGAGAGGUCAAGAGCAAAACAUAUGAAGUCAUGGUUGAAUGUGAGCGCAUGGGGAAAGUUGCUCCGUCUGUAUUCAGUGGAGUACGGUCCGGGGCUGAGACUGCAAUAGAAAAACCCAAACCUCCCUCAGGAAGCGUCUUUGGAAAAUAAGAACUUAAAUGGACUCUUUUUUUUUUUUGCUGUCAGGGUUUUAGAUAUAAAUCUGUGUUAGCCGUAGAGAGGAAGUGUUUAGCAUUCAUAGCAUUUUUAGCAACUUAAGUAAUAUAAAUGUAGGUAAAUACGUUUGUAAAAUUUGAAUAUUUGUAUUUUUAUACUGCUUACUACUAUACCUCAUGUACUUAAAAGACCCUUUGAACCCCUGUAUGCUAGUUCCUUGUGUCAUGGAUGUGUUUUGUAUAUUAAACAUUUGCUAAAAUUA